UAGGUUUUUCCUUUGCUUUGGUUUGUUUUGGGCUUGAGUAUUUCGAGAGGUGGUUUCUCUCUGUAGCUUGGAGGUCCUGUACUUGCUAAGUAGAACAAGCUAGCUUUGAACUCACAGAGAUCCUCCUGCCUCUGCCUCUGCCUCUGCCUCCCAGAGUGCUGGGGUUAGAGAUGUGCUCCAGCAGGCCUGGCUAGGUUUUUGUUGCUGUUUGAUUUUUAACGUUAUGGUUUUGACACCAGGUGUCGUGUAGACCAGGUUGGCCUACAUCACCGUGUACAUAAGGCUGCCCUUGAACUCUCAGUCCUCCUCCUCUCAUCUGCCAGAUGCAGGGAUUACUGUUAUGCGGCAUUAUUCCCAGGUUUGGUUGACUUAGCCUCUUGAGAGAGGCUGGGGUCCUCCAUUCCCCAGGGUGGGGGCGUCGCCCGGUGCAGCUAGACCUGCAAAGGCGAGGCUGUGUUUUCCAGGGAAUGACAAAAUGAGACCAGGUAGGACAAGCCCCGAAAGAGAUGCUAGCCUCCCACUUGGCAAGGUGGUGAAAGAGUCAAGCGGCAGGGGCGGAGCGCGGCUGCUCGCGGAAAGCCCUUUGGCCCUUUGCCUCUUCUCCACCAGCACCAGGGAGCGGGGGGCGGAGCCUGCGCCGGACGUGACGCCUAGGCGGCCAGCUGGGGCGAUGUCAUAAUGGGUGGGCCCAGGGCAACUGACUUGGGAGGUGUGGCUUCACUUCCAGCCAGUCUCCCUGGGACUCCGCGCGCGGUCAGGUCACCCAGCGCUUAGCGGCAGGCAGAUCUUUUGGGUGAGGGGACCCCUGACCCCGCCGGCGGGAUGUUCCGAGGGCUGAGUAGUUGGCUGGGCUUGAAGCAGCCCGAGGGGCCCCGGGCGAGGGAAGAGCCGCCCCGCGGGGACGAGCUGUCGGCGGGAGACGCGCCUCCCGAGGAGAGCCCGGAGCCGCCUGCGGAGCCCACCGAGGAGGUGGAGCAGCAGCCUGCAGAAGAACCAGAGCUCUCCCACCAGGACGCUGGACUCGGCACUCAAGAUGGUUUUGAACUUGAAGUCAAGAAUGAUCUUGAUCCUCCCUCCCCUGCUUUCCAGUUGCCUCCUGACUAUUUGUUCAAUGUUGCGAGUGCUGCCACAAAGAAGAUCACUGAGUCUUUUGCUGAAACAGCUCAGUCAAUAAAGAAAUCAGUGGAAGAAGGAAAAAUAGAUGACAUCAUUGAUAAGAGCAUAAUUGGCGAUUUUCAAAAAGAACAGAAAAAAUUUGUUGAGGAACAGCAUACAAAAAAGUCAGAAUCAGCUGUGCCUCCAUGGGUUGACUGCCAUGAUGAAGAAGCAAUUCAACAGCAGAUUUUGGCUUUAUCAGCUGACAAGAGGAAUUUCCUUCGUGACCCACCAGCUGGAGUUCAGUUUAACUUUGACUUCGAUCAGAUGUACCCUGUUGCCUUGGUCAUGCUCCAAGAAGAUGAACUCCUGAACAAGAUGAGAUUUGCCCUUGUUCCUAAACUUGUGAAAGAAGAAACAUUCUGGAGGAACUACUUCUACCGCAUCUCCCUGAUUAAACAGUCAGCCCAACUCACCGCACUGGCUGCCCAGCAGCAAGCAUCUGGAAAUGACGAGAAAAGCAGCAGCAGAGAUGAUGAUUUGCCUCUGGCAGAAGCAGUACGACCGAAAACACCACCUGUCGUAAUCAAAUCUCAGCUUAAAGAUCAAGAGGAUGAGGAAGAAAUCUCUACCAGCCCAGGAGUUUCUGAGUUUGUAAGCGAUGCCUUUGAUGCCUGCAACUUAAGCCAGGAGGAUUUAAAAAAGGAAAUGGAGCAACUUGUACUUGAUAAAAACCAAGAGGAAACAACUGCACUAGAAGAAGAUUCUGCUGAUUGGGAGAAGGAGCUACAACAGGAACUUCAGGAAUAUGAAGUGGUAGCAGAGUCCGAGAAGCGAGAUGAAAACUGGGAUAAAGAAAUUGAAAAGAUACUUCAGGAGGAGAAUUAGCCGUCUCCCAAACCAUUUCUUAACAUCGCAUUAAAAUCUGAUGCUCGCUGACUCAUGAAGGCACAAAACUGUGUAGCUUUAUGAAAUUUGAAAUUAGCUAAAACUUGCCUCUUAAAAAGAAAGUAUGUAGAGCAGCUAUUGUAAUAAUCAAAAAAUAAUGGGAUAUUGUAUGUCAUUUUCAUAUAAAUUCAAGUCACCAAUGUUCUUAUAGGCAGCAGAGCUAUGUAUGCCACAGAAACACAGGUAAAAUACUGGUUUGUUUUCCACACAAGGUUGGCAACAUAAUUUAUUCUUUAGUCAUGGUUUUCUUAGGUUAUAUAUAUAUUCCUUUCCUUUUUGUUGAUACAUGAGUUAAAGUACUUAAUGGCUUAAUUACUAUCAGAAUGACCAAAUUAUACCAAAGAGCUCAAAAGAAAGCACUUUCAAAACUGUUUUCUUCUCAGAUAUUUUCUAAAAUUCUGUCUGAAAGCCAAAAGCUGAGGAUAAUUAAGUUCAUUUGAAUGAUAUAAACAUCACCAAAUUUAAUGUGAAGAAACACUGUGCAAGUCUUGAGAUGUGGUGGGCCCUUGCCUGUCAUUCACAGUGCCCUGUGUUCCAUCUCCAUUAUAUCAGCCAAAAAAAAAAAAAAUACAAAAUAGAUUUCUUUAAAGUUUUACUUUUCCCUAGAGCCUUUUCAUUCUGUUUUGUUAAGUCUACCACAAAUUCAACAUUGUGGUUUUUAUAGGAACAUGGGCCUUCAGUCCCUUUUGUAUUAAUAACUAUUAAGAAGCCUGUUUACCUUAAGGUUUGUUCUCAAGGUAAUGGUCACUAUGUAUAAAUGUCUUAAUUAAAUUCUAUUAAUUAAAUUAAUAGAAUGAUCUUCCUUGGAGUAUAACUUCUAGAACUUUCUAGUUCAUUAUUUAUGUAUUCUGCUAUGCCAGCAGGCAUCCAUUUAUAGAAUAAGAUCAUUUUAAAAGACCAAGGUGUUUUAAUGUUAGAGAACUUUCAUAUUUUCACAGCGCCUUUAUUUCAUAAGGGGAAUAAAACAGGAUGUUUCUUUAUAAGAAAAUUGUACAUAGUGAUAUUCUUGUACCAAUAAAAAACUAGUCUAUGGUC